GGAGGAAGAGACACCAGCAGGAUGAACUCUCACUGAGCCAGCAGCUGCACCCAAGCCACCUGAAAACACAUCUCUGACAGCACAGACAGACUCCAAACAGAUUGCGGUGGUUUGAUACACCGCCUCCUCCUACCCAGACACCAUGACGUCCUCUAUGCUCCGCCGGCAGCUGAAGAACCUGGUCCAGAACUACUCUGAGGCCGAGGUCAAGGUGAGGGAGGCGACAUCUAACGACCCAUGGGGUCCAUCGAGCUCUCAGAUGGCCGACCUCUCGGAUCUGACCUACAAUGUGGUGGCCUGCAACGAGAUCAUGACGAUGCUUUGGAAACGACUGAAAGAUGACAAAAACUGGAGACACAUUCACAAGUCGCUGACUCUGCUGGAGUACCUGUUAAAGACCGGCGACGAUCGUGUGCUUCUGAAAAUGAAAGACAACAUCUACAUCGUCAAAGCCCUCACAGAGUACCGCUUUGUGGAAAAGGACGGCAAAGAUCAGGGGACAAAUGUGAGAGAGAAGGCCAAGGUUGUCCUGGUUCUCAUGGAGGACGAUGACAAACUAAAGGAGGAGAGAGACUUUGCCGUCAAGACCAGAGAGAAGACAUCCAAAGGUUCCGGUGCCUCGUCCACCGAUGCCGUCAAGGAUCCCACCUACAAGCCAUGCUAUGUUGCCGGGACGUCAGGGCUUCCAUCUUUAGACAACAUACCGUCUGUGGCCGACUUGACUGCUUCUUUUGCUGCCCGCAAGGAAGAGCGCCUCAAACAGGAAGCAGAGAAGAAGGACGCAGAGAGAAGGGCCAAGUUGAGUGAAGACGAGCUGAAAUGGGAGGACGCAGCCAAAGCCGAUGGAGCUAAAGGAGCUGCCUGGGGAGGAGAGAAAGCAGAGGAGGAGGAGGUUAAACAAGACGCAUGGGGAGCCCCCAAAGAACCUAAAGAGGCUACAGAUCCAUGGGGCACGCCCGCAAAACCUGACACAACUGACACACCUGCAAGCAGUGAUGCCUGGGGGGCUCCAGCCAAAACAGAAGAAGAUCCAUUUACAGCCCCAAAAACUGAGGAAGAUCCAUUUGCUAAGCCAAAGAAUGGAGAAGAUCCAUUUGCAGCACCAAAGGACGAACCUGAUCCGUUCAGCGCAUCAAAAGACGACCCUUUCAAUGCUCCAAAAGAUAGUUCAGACCCCUUUGGUGCACCCAAAGAAGAUCCAUUCACUGCUCCAAAAGAUAAACCAGAUCAUUUCAGUUCCUCUAAUAAUGAUCCGUUCAUCGCCCCAAAAGAUGAUCCGUUCAACGCCCCAAAAGAUGAUCCGUUCAACGCCCCAAAAGAUGAUCCAUUCAACGCCCCAAAAGAUGACCCGUUCAACGCCCCAAAAGAUGAUCCGUUCAACGCCCCAAAAGGUGACCCGUUCAACGCCCCAAAAGAUGACCCGUUCAACGCCCCAAAAGAUGACCCGUUCAACGCCCCAAAAGAUGACCCGUUCAACGCCCCUAAAGGUGACCCGUUCAACGCCCCUAAAGGUGAUCCCUUCACUGCUUCAACAACACCUAAAGAUGAUCCUUUCUCUGCACCAAGUAAGCCCUCCCAAGAAGACCCCUUUACUGCAAAAACACCGCCUAAAGCUGAUCCAUUCUCUGCACCAUCCCCACCUGCAAACAGCGACCCUUUUGCUGCAGUAACGCCCCCUAAAGAGGAUCCUUUCUUCGCACCCACCAAACAAACAACAGAGGAUCCUUUCCUUUCUCCAACAACACCGCCCAAGGGUGAUCCCUUUGGAGCACCUAGCACACCACCUAAAGAGGAUCCAUUCUCUGCACCGUCCCCGCCUGCAAAAGACGACCCUUUCACUGCACCAACAACACCACCGAAGGAAGAUCCUUUCUCCGCACCCACCAAACAAACAAAAGAGGAUCCUUUCGCUUCUCCAACAACCCCACCAAAAGAGGAUCCUUUCUCUGCAUCGUCCAAACCUCCUACAGACGACCCUUUUGGUGCACCAACAGCGCCGUCCAAAGAGGACCCGUUUGCAUCGCCAACCAGCCCACCAAAAGAUGGUGCCUCAGAUCCCUUCAACGCCCCUCUGCUGAGCUCACCCGAAGGCGGUGCAGACGCAUGGGGAGCCCCGACUAGCCCUCCAGCUGACAGCAGUUCCGAUCUUUGGGGGGCACCAUCUGCUCCAAAUGAAGCCAAGGGUGGAGAUCCCUGGGGAGAUGGGACAAGCGCCGCCUCACCUGGUGACCAUUCGGAUGCAUUUGGGGAUGCGUCCAAACCGGACAAUGAUCCCUGGGGAUCGACAGCUGCAGCUCCAGUUAGCGCGGACGAUGCGUGGGGUGCACCUGCCCCACCCUCAGACUCGUCCCCAUCUAGCGACCCCUUUGGAGAUGGGGCAUCUAAAAAAGCGGAUCCAUGGGGAGCACCGAGCGAUGCGCCUAGCAAUGGAACAGGAACUCGAGCGGCGCAGGAAAAGGAGUUCUACAGAAAGACUGCUUCAUUUCUGGGCACUACCGGGGCGUCGCUCGUUGACUUGGACGAUCUAUUUUCCUCUAACCCCAAACCCCAACAGCAACCCCCCGUUAACGUGCUCGCCACACAGACACACGCCAUCGGCACUUUCAAAGCCCGGGCCAUGACACCCGGCCCUGUGGUCGGAUCAGGUUCUGCUGCUGCUGCAGGGAUGUCCUUUCACCAAACUUCAACCCCAUACUGCCAUCCAUUUGGUUCCACUUUUGCAGCAGCUUCUCCUUCCUAUGAAAAUCCACUAUUUCAGCCGCCGUCCCAAACCACAAGAAGGUCUUAUUCAGGCUUCAGUAUGCCUCAGCCGGGUCAGCUGACUCCAACGUAUUCAGGAACUGGAGUGGUACAGUCCGCUUCAGUGGGAGGGAAUCCACCAAUGGGACUAAACAUAAACCAAGACCGCAGGGGGGUGGGGAUGAUGACACAGGCCGGACCUCUGGUUGGGACUCCCUUGUCUGACCCCCUCUUUUGGGGAAAAGGAACGGAUCAGUCCGCUGUCUUUGGAGGGAAUUGGCCAGCAGGAGCUCAGUUUGGAGGAUCCACUCCACACGCAGGGGGCGGCGUCUCAUUACAGCAGCAGUGGAUCCCAGGGAGCGGGUCGGGCGAGGCGGCCAACCAAAACAAUAAUCCAUUCCUGAUCUGACCCAUCAUGUGAUAUCCUUUAGACUACACCUCAUUGUUACACAUGUUUAGUCUUUGUGUCCCUCACAGUCACCGUUUGGUUUUCUUUGUUCAUGUUUAUAAAGAAACUCAACUGUUUAACACCUUUCAGCAACACAGCGAUGGAAGUGCACAGACCAAACAAGAACCCAAAUAUUGAUAUUUGACCAGAUCUUGAUUUAAAAGCUUCUCACAAAUAUUAGAAAACCUUGAAUGCAUCAUUAAAAGACUGACCAUUGGCCGGGCUCAGUCCAAAAUCCUUACUCAUUUUGAAAGCUACGAGGGGGGGAGAGAGAAAUUGCAUUAAUUAGUUGGCGAUGUUUCGUUGCCAUGGUAAUAGGACGCCUAGGAUGUCUCUUUUUGUUGCUGUGGUAUAAAAACGUUUGACUUUUACUUGGAUCGUAAUGAAGUUUGUAAAAUCUGUUAUCGUGGCAACAAGACCGCUCGGCUUGUAUGUGGAAUCUUCUCCCUCUGUGCUUUAUUACAGUCAUCACCCAGGUUGAAAUCUUUAACACCAAAUGUUUUGUGAUCAUCAUUAAAGACUGGAGAUGCAGACAACCCAAAUUUACACAUAAAUCUGAGCCACUCAUUGGGGUCGCUCAAGCUCCCAGAACAGAUUCCUCCUCUGACGCUCAGACACUGCUCGUACUCUGAGCCUCGGAGUCUUCACUGGACUUGACUUGUAAUGAUGUUAUCACAUUGGUGGACUGAAAUCAUUGAGAGGCUGAGAGGUGGCAAACAUUCAAACAAUGUUUUUCCUUUUUGUAAACGGCACAGCUUGUCACAUGUUAACAUGAAAAACCUUCAAACAAAUCCAUCAGCUCUUCUCACUGCAAAAACCCAAACCUUAGCGAGGGAUUAGUCUAACUUCUUAUCAUAAAUAUCUAAUCGUUUACAUCUACACUCACCACAGCACACUGAAAAGUUAAAGGAAGAAUGUGCGACUUUUUGAUCCAGUAGAUGGCGCCGUUGAGCUCCAGCAUGAAACCAAAACAAACUGCUGUUAGGCCACACCUCCUUUAUACUGAAUCCUCUGCCCUCUUAGCACAAGCGGUGGACAAAAUGGUCCUUUACUCGAGCUGGGAUCACCUGUGUCCUGCAUUGUUGUGUUAGCAUGCUAAUGUUAGCGCUCUUUAGUUAGCUCGUAGCUUCACAUUGUUGUGUUAGCAUGCUAAUGUUAGCGCUCUUUAGUUAGCUCGUAGCUUCACAUUUCAUGUAAACUGACACAGAAUGAGCGUGAUCUAAAAACUCUUACUAACAUCCAAAUAAUCAGUGAGUAUGUUCUUCUUCUCUCUAGUUCUUGACUAAAACAGCUUUUAUACACAAGGGGAGGAGCCGGCCGUCCCGUCCAUGUAAACACGGCUCUGACAACAACACAGCCAGCGGGACUCGAGCUUCUCCCUCAUUGUAGACAGUCAUGACUCAGAGACACAUUUACACAGGACAGACUUUAUGAUUUAUUUAUGUGGAACAUGUUGAACAUUCUUCCUUUAAACUUCUACUUUUCUUUAUUGCCGCAGACGUCUUCAGUGAUUUCGGGUAAACAAACUCAGACUCAGAGAAAAGGGGAAGUUUGAGAUUUUUUGAUGUGCUGUCCUGAAAUACAGUCUAUGCAUUUCUUGGUUGAGGAUUCAGCACCCACAUGAGGGCGAGCGGGUUAUUCUGGAUUUACUUUCUGCACUCCUUACAGAAGAGGAGGGAUUCACAUGAAUGAAAUGUGUUUGAUUGGAUCUGACAGUCUGACGGUUCAUCGUGCACAGAGAGCUGAGAGUGUGUCUGUGUUUGAAGAGUUUCUGUGAAUCUGAGUGUUAUCUGAUUCUGUGACUGGACCUGUGAACGUUAACACGGUGACGUGCGUGCGUUUUCAUUCGGCGUGCAUGUGUUUGUAUGAGCAGGAGUGUGUGUGUGUGUGUGUGUAGUAUAUAUAUAUAUAUCGUGCUGAUGUAAAUAGUGGAAGUAUUCACAGAUUAACCUUGAAAUAUUCUGUAUAUUAGAGUCUUACAAUCAUGAGUAACUUUUGAUCUAUUUAUUGAUUGAUUAUUUAUUGAUGCAACAAUGCAGCAGUAGCAGCGAGCCUCCAACCAAGACGGGUUAGAGCACAGAGUCGUCACCUGGUGGCGUCGCCCUCGGAUGUGUCAUGAGAUCUGUGAUUUGUGCUCUGUUUAAAACAAACUGCAUUUUAAAUCAACUUAGUAACCGAUCGUGGCUUUUUUUUGUUUGGUUCAUCGUUCAGAUAGAUCGGUGAUUGAUUGAUCAUGUCUGUCCUGGAUCUCCUCACGUUGUGGCUGUGUGAUGAGCUGCUGCUGCAACGACAAAAUAAAAGAGGUUGAACAUAUCGUUUCUCCGACGUGCAUGCUCCGAGCGGAUCCUCCUCUCUGUAGAAGUUAACGUUGAGUUGAUCUUCCAGCUCCUGCGUCUAAAUGAAAUGUAUCACAUGCACACGCCUCCACAGAGCUUCGACCUUUUCAUUCAGACAUCACUGACAGUCGAGGGAUUCAUCUCGUUCUUUGUGUUUCAGUCUGUUCUCGUCUUUUUGUAGGUUUUUUUUUUUUUUUUUUUCAUUUGUUUGAAGGUGAACUUAAAGCCGGUUUAGCUUCAGGCAGUUUGGAGAUCGAGUCCAGGACCCUAUGAUGAACCUGUAAUUUGACAUUCAUUGGUUUUGCUGUAUCCAGAUCUAACGCUGUGUUGUAAACUGUGACGGUACAUUUGAGAAAUAAAACGAUAUAACAGAGUUUA